UGUUCUGAUUGGCUGAGCGCCGCAGCAAAAGUUGAGCUACGGAAGCGGAACACAUCCGUCGCUGGACGGAGGCUUUUAACGGAGUUACAAACGCCGUUUAAAGUGCUCUUUCUCCGGUUUAUAGCAUGGAUGACGUGCAGAGGAUAUGCGUGUCUCUGCUCGCAUGUGUCGCACUGUUUAUCGGCGCCGUUAACGCGUUCAGCCCCACGGACAGCGAGUUCACGUUUCUACUGCCAGCUGCCAGAAAAGAGUGUUUCUACCAGAGCGCCAUUCACAACGGCAGCAUCGAGAUCGAGUACCAGGUGAUCGCUGGAGCAGGUAUGGAUGUGGAUUUCUCCAUCCUUUCGCCUCAGGGAAUCCACCUGGUCUCGGAGUUUCGCCGUUCUGACGGCGUUCACAUGGUGGAGCCCACAGAGGCGGGAGACUAUCAGAUCUGCUUCGACAACUCCUUCAGCAGGUUCUCCGAGAAGAUGGUCUUCUUUGAGGUCAUCCUGGACAACCCGUCCAAUGACGCCGGAGCGGACGACGAGUGGGCGGGGCUUGGAGAGCCCGAGAACCUAUUAGAGUACAAGCUGGAUGACAUAAAGGAGUCAAUGGAGACGGUUCACCGGCGUCUGGAGCGCAGUCGGCAGAUGCAGACGGUCCUGCGGGCCUUCGAGGCACGGGACAGGAACCUGCUGGAGGACAACCUGUGGCGUGUCUCCUUCUGGUCCUGCGUCAACCUGCUGGUGAUGCUGAGCGUGGCGCUCACGCAGGUCUACACCGUCCGCCGGCUGUUUGACGACAGGAGGAGAGUCUACUCCUAAAACCAGAUCCGUCUCGGCCGCAGAGACGCCGUACAACACCAGAGACGGAGACCGCAGUGCCUUUCGAUUGGACGAUCCUCUGGUCUUUCCUCUACCUGUGGAGUUCAGUGACGCACAGCCAAAUAAGACUCCAGAGAGCUUGGAAAAAAAAAGAAUAAAUAAUAAUAAAGAGAGAUUUCAGAUGAAUCAUCUGGUCCAGCACAGAAGAUCUCAUUUCAUCUGGUGUGAGGAUGUAGGAUUUUGUAGGAUGUAGGAUGAACGUGUCUGUGCAUUUCAUGUCUUCCUGUUGCCUGAAUGUUCAUAGUUUUGUCUUUUUUUUUUUUAGUCCUGUCAUUUUAUGACAUGAGAUGUUGCUGUUGUUUUGGGAAAAUGUGAAAAUGUGGCAUUAUAGUCAGCCAAGGGAAUCUUCUGUACAGCUCUGUGCUUUUUUAAAGACUUUUACACAAUGAAACCAAUAAAAUGGGUCAUAUGUUUGUA